AAUAAUAAGAUGAAGUUUAGUUAAGAACAUAUUUCUAAUGGAGAAGUGUUGAAUGGCUGUUAGGACUUAUGGAUAUUUGGGGUGCUCCCAAAUAUUAUUCCUCUAUGUAUAAUUGCUUUGGACAAUGUUUCUUUGCCAUAAACAUUUCUUUCUCUUUCAACCAUGGCACAACAUGAAGAAUCAUUCAAAGUUGUUCAAAAUUGCAAUAUUGAACCUUUAAUUGACACAACAAAACCUUUUCCAUCACCAACCUCACUUCCACUCACUUUCUUUGAUCUUUUAUGGUUAAGAUUUCCACCAGUUGAACGUCUCUUCUUCUAUGAACUCACAAACUCGACAACUUUUUUCUAUGAAACUCUUCUUCCAAAUCUCAAACACUCACUUUCACUCACACUUCAACACUUUCUCCCUCUUGUUGGUAACAUAACUUGGCCUAGUGAUUCAUCCAAACCAAUCAUAAACUAUGUUAAGGGAGAUUCUAUUUCUUUCAAUGUUGUUGAGUCCAAAGCAAGUUUCAAAGAUCUUUCUUCUCAUCAUUGUGAAGCUUCAAAAAGACAUCAUUUGAUACCCCUAUUGAAAAAUUCUCAUGAAAAGGCUUCUUUGCUUGCAAUACAAGUUACUUUGUUUCCAAACAAUGGUUUUUGCAUUGGAAUAACAACACACCAUGCUGCUUUAGAUGGAAAAUCUUCAACCACUUUUAUGAAAUCAUGGUCUUAUGUUGCAUGUUCUAAUUCUAACCUUGAUUCAUCUUUCUUAUCUUUACCUGAAAAUCUAACACCUUUAUUUGAUAGAUCAUUGAUAGAAGAUCAUCAUAGUGGAAUUAGUGAAGCAUAUGUUGAUGCAUUGAUGAAACAUGGUGGACCAAAUAAUAGAAGUCUCAAGAUUAUGAAUUUUUCUAGUCCAAUGAAACAUGAUGUAGUUAAAAGUUUGUUUGAAUUGACACCUUCAAAUAUUCAAAAGCUUAAAGAACAUGGAAAAAAUGAUAUGAAAAUGAAUGUUAUAAAUUUGUCAACUUUUUUAGUUACAAGUGCUUAUGUUUUGGCAUGUUUAGUAAAGGCACAACAACCUAAGGUUGAAAAAGUGAUUUUCAUAUUUGCUAUAGAUUGUAGAUCAAGGUUGGACCCUUCAAUUUCUACUAUGUAUAUUGGUAAUUGUAUUGCAGGAAAAAAGAUUGUGUUUGAGACAAAGAACUUAGUUGGAAAAAAUGGAUUUGUAAAUGCUUUAGAAGGAAUAAAUAAAGCUUUGAAUAGUGUGAAAGAUGUUGGCGUGUUAAAUGGAGCUGAAAAUUGGGUUUCUAAUAUGUCUAGUGGAAUGGAAGGUAAAAUUUACUCUAUUGCUGGAUCACCAAGGUUUGAGUUUUAUAGUAUUGAUUUUGGAUUUGGAAAGCCAAAAAAAGUUGAUAUGACUUCAACUGAUAAAUCAGGAGCAUUUUCUCUUAGUGAAAGUAGGAAUAACAAUGGUGGAAUUGAGAUUGGUUUGGCUUUAAGUAAGGAAGAGAUGGAAGCUUUUUCUACCCUUUUUGUUCAAGGACUUGAAUCCAUUUAAAGUUUCAAAGUUUAUUAGUAGUUUGAUUUGUAAUCUUCUAUUCUUCAUAGAUGUUUACUCUUCAUAUUUUUAUAACCUUGUUUUUGCGAACGUGAUUAGUGAAUUUUUGUUAUGAUAAAUUAGAGUUGGUCAA